AAAAGGCUUUAAAUAAAAAUCUUUCCGAGCUGAAAAUUGUGAGAUACCCCUCUUCAUUGACAGACAUAUCAUUAACGGCUGUUGGCAAUCUAGAAUGAUGACAACGGUUUCGCGUUAAUCAAUAAAUCGGAACGUUUCUGUUCUUGCGGAAACAGGGGCGGAACGGACAGUCGGCAGCCCCGCAGCCCCGGACAGAGUUAACGGUAACACCAGCUGGAUACAUGUGAGUGACAUCGUUGCCGUGGCUACGGAGCGAUGAAGCGGCUGUACAUCGGCGGGUUGAGCCACACGGUCACCCAGAAGGAUCUGAAGGAUCGAUUCGGAAAGUUUGGAGAUGUGGAGGAUGUGGAGCUCCGGACCAGGAGAGACGACGAGGGAGUUCCUUAUAAAACAUUCGGCUACAUUAACAUCAACAUUUCAGACGCCGACCUGAAGAAAUGUAUGACGGUGCUGAAUAAAUCCAAAUGGAAAGGAGGAACUCUGCAGAUUGAAAACGCUAAGGAGAGUUUCCUGCACAGGCUGGCUGAGGAGCGUCAGACGGCGGUGCAGCAGCUUCAGCAGCUGGCGGCUGAAGACCAGAGACAGAAGAUGUUGGACUCUCUGAGCAAAGCCGGCGUCGACAACUUCACCAUGAAGUCAGCGGUGCCGGGGACCGAAAUACCAGGACACAAGGACUGGGUGGUCAGUAAGUUCGGCCGCGUCCUCCCCGUCCUGCAGCUCAGGAGUCAGAGAGGCAGCAGAGCUCGGACGGUGAAGUACGACCCGUCCAAGUUCUGCCACAACAUCCGUAAGCUGGACCGGACCACCACCACCACCACGGAGGAGGAGGAGGAGCAGACCCCCGUCAGCCAGCUCACAUGGGACGUCCCGGGGGGGGACGAUGACAUCAGCAGGAAGAGGAGGGGGGAGUUUCCUCCGUACAGACCGCCGACACGCAAGAAGAGCCGGGAGACGAGCAGCAUAGAGACCCAGAAGGAUCCGGGCAGAACCAGGUGUGAUCCUCCUGCUGACUCCUUCGUUCCCUCUGAGCUCCAUCAGUUGACUAACGGACACCAGCCGUCGCUCCUCAGAGCUCCUCAGAGCAGACGGCAGCAUGUGACCGACAGCGACGUCGACUCAGACGAGGAGAUCCGCAGAAUGGUGGCGGCCCAGAACACCUCCCAUAAUGCACUGCUGCAGGAGGAGGAGGAGCUGGAGGUGGUCGGACUCGACUACCUGGAGAAGACGAGUCGUCAGCAGCACAAAGGAGGAGCGGAGGAGGACGAGGAGGAGAACGACUACGACUCUGCAGACACAGAUGAACUCUUCGCCUCCAGGAAACCUCUUCCUCCUCUUCCUCCUCCUCCUCCACCACCACAGGAGAGACUCACUGUACCUGCUGCAGAUCGUCUCUCAGGAGCCGAAGAAAAGAAGAGAGCGAUGAAGAAGAAGAAGAAAAGUAAAGCUGGAGAGGAAGAGGACGAGUCAGAUGAUGAAGAACACGUCACCUCCAGGAAACCUUCCUCCUCACAGCAGAGAGGAGAGUCUGUGAAACAGAGUUCUCAGAGCAAAAGUCAGAAGAAAAAACCUCCGUCUUCAGAGUCAGACAGUGAUGAAGAUGAGGAAGAUGAUGAAGAAAACGUCACCUCCAGGAAACUUUCCUCCUUAAAGCAGAAAGGAGAGUCUGUAAAACAAAGUUCUCAGAGCAAAAGUCAGAAGAUAACGGUCCUUCCUGUAAAACCGCCGUCCUCAGAGUCAGACAGUGAUGAAGAUGAGGAAGAGGAGGAUGAAGAUGAGGAGGAGGAGGAGGAGUCAGAACCAGCUGAUUCCAGCUCUGAGUCUGAUUAUGACUCCAUGUUCUCUAACGUCACCCGUCUGGAGAUCUCCUUCUCUGAUCUUCAGAGGCUGGCUGAAGAACACCAGCAGACCUCUGAGACUACAUCUCCCAGCAUGCUCAGCACCUCCUCCGGACUACAAACUGACCUCAAGAAACCUCCCAAGAAGGGCACCACGCCGGAGGAGAUCCUGGCCUCCCUCCUGGAGGAGGACAGCAGCGAGGAGGAGGAGCAGAGGAGCAACAAGAAGAAGAAGAAGAAAAGGAAAGCUGUCGUCUCAGCGCCGCUGCCGGCCUUCCAGGGGAUGAGAGCGCUGGAGGAGGGAGGAGAAACAGAGGAGAGAGGGAGGAGACAGGAGGAGGAGGAGGAGGAGGAAGAGGAGGAGAGAAGAGGAGGUCAGGUUAAAAAACUGAAGCUGGACGCUGAAGCUCCUCAGAUGAACCACAAAGCAACAGACAGCAAAACCAGAGGACAGAAACACAAAGAGGAGGAGGAGGAGGAGGAGGAGGAGGCCAAUCAGACAGUUCUUCCAGCUAAAGCAGCAGCUUCAUCUUCAUCCUACAGCUCCUCCUCUGAGGAGGACGAGCAAAAGAUGAUUUCAGGUAAAGCUGCUGUGAAAACAGCACCUCCUGCUGCUGCUCCUCACAGUGAGUCCUCCUCCAGUGAGGAGGAGGAGGAGGAGGAGCAGCAGGCUCCUGCCCGGGUGGCGUUAGGAGCUCAGGAGGAGCAGCAGCGUCAGAAGGAGGCCAACAUGAGGAGGCUGGCUGCCGUCCAGCAGAGACAGAAAGAAGCUGAAGAACACAAGAAGAUGAUCCAGGGAGCUCUGAAGAACCUGGAUGCUCCAGCAGCAGGAGGAGCAGGGAAACACAUCGUCUUCGGCUCUGAUGAUGAUGAUGAUGAUGAAGCAGCUAAACAGCAGACGAGCUCAAAGAAGACGCUGCUCCAGGACGGCCAAUCAGAGGAGGAGAACGGCACAAAACAAAAGCCUUCAGGUCCUCGUCUGUUCGGUGGCAGUGAGGAUGAGGAGGAUGGUGAUGAAGAGGACAGCAGGUUUGACGUCAGACCUCAGUUUGAAGGACGAGCAGGACACAAGCUGAUGGCGCUGCAGUCUCGCUUCGGAGCCGAUCAGCGUUUCAGGAUGGACUCUCGCUUCCUGGAGGAGGAGGAAGGAGCUGAGGAGGAGGAGGAGUCAGAGAUGAAGAGGAGGAGCGUGAGUGAAGACGAGGAGGCUCUGGAGGAGGAGAAGAAGAAGAACCUGUCCAUCCUGCAGAGCGUCCUGGGCAGCAGCAGCCUGCAGACCAGCAGCAAGACGCCCAGCAGGACCAAAACCUUCAGAGACGUGUCGGCGCUGCACUACGACCCCAGCAGAGAGGAACACGCUGCCUUUGAGACCAACACACACCAAACCAAGAAGGAGAGCAAGUCAGCCAGGAGGAAGAGGAGGGAGGAGGAGGAGAAGCUCCCGGAGGUCUCCAAGGAGAUCUACUACGACGUGUCUGGAGACCUGAAGGCCGUCUUCGGUCAGAACAAGAAGGAAGAAGAAGAAGAAGCUGGAGGAGAGGAGAAGACAAACUGGGACCAGGAGGAGGAGGAGGAGGAGGAGGAGGAGGAGGAGGAGGAGGAUAACCAGGAGGAGGAAGGAGAGGCGUCUCUCCUCUCAGCUGACCCAGGAGCAGAGAAGGAGAAAGAGGAGGCGUCUGGGUUCAAGUUCUCCUUCUUUGGAGACGAAGCAGAAACAGGAAGUGGAGAACCAGCCGAGUACAAGGUGGAGAACAUCCAGGCCCCGAAGGUGUCCUGGCAGCAAGACCUACGCUUCCAGGACAGCAGCUCAGAGGAGGAGGAGGAGCAGGAGGAGCAGGAGGAGCAGGAGGAGCAGGAGGAGCAGAGCACCGUCACCACUGCUGCAGCCACAGAAGAGAAAACUCCUUCACAGAGCGAUCUGUUCUUCUUCCACUCUGGAGACGUCAGACUCUCAGAGGGUCCCAGGUUGUUCUGUCGCUCCUCCCAGCUGGAGGAGCAGAGGGAGCAGUGGGAGGAGAAGAGGACGGAGCUCAGACAGGAGUACCGCAAGAAACACAAGGACGCCCGCAGGAAGCUGAAGUCCUCCCAGAGGAGCUGAGGAUUCUGGGAGCUGAAGUCCUCCCAGAGGAGCUGAGGAUUCUGGGAGCUGAAGUCCUCCCAGAGGAGCUGAGGAUUCUGGGAGCUGGAGUCUCUUUGUUUCAGUCUGGACUCCAGAAUCAGCAGCUGACUCAUUGUUUCUCUACUCUCUGUCCUGUUUUGUGGCUCAGACUGAUUUAAGCUUCAGCAGGAGACGAGAAAUAUCAACUAAAGACACAGACGUCUAGAGAAAGUUCAAGAUGAUCAGAUUAUGAGAUUUAUUUUGUAUUUUAAAGUAAAUAUUGAGAUAUUUUGUGGUGUGUUGAAGCUGCAUCUGGUCUGGUUUUCAAUGCUGCAAACUAACAAUCUGCAGCAGCUUCAGAGGACCAUUGUGCUUUAGCAAUAGAAUAAAAAUAAUUAUGAAAAACUUA